CCAGCCUGCCCGGUGCCGCUUGGUUGCUAGGCGGAAGUGAAGCGGCGGGGGCAGCGGUUUGAUUUAAGCGUCCGAGGCGAUAAAGCGACGCGGCAGCGCGAGUGGAGCUGGGCGCGGCGCAUCCCCGAUUUGUCCCCGCAGAGGUGGAGACCCCCUGUUAGGGCCGGGCCUCCCCCCACCCAGUAACCUCGGGAUCAGCCUGGGCCGGGAUCUCUCUCGCCCCUGCCUUAGACACCCCCGCAGGCCAGGUGCCCCGGGCUGCCAGCCUCCGCUCGCCCCUCCUCCCCGCGUCCUAGCCCUUCGCCGGAGCCCCGCUCUCACAGGCAGCCCCAAAGCAGAAAUGGCUUCCAAAUCCGACCAGCUUCUGAUCGUUGUCUCCAUCCUGGAAGGACGCUAUUUUCCCAGACGUGCAAAGCAUAUGCUGGUGGUAGAAGCAAAGUUUGAUGGUGAACAGCUAGCAACAGAUCCUGUUGAUCAUGCAGACCAGCCAGAGUUUGCCACAGAAUUGGCUUGGGAGCUUGAUAGGAAAGCACUUCACCAGCACAGGCUACAGCGUACACCUAUCAAACUUCAGUGUUUUGCUUUGGAUCCUAUAUCUUCAACUAAGGAGAAUAUAGGCUAUAUUGUUCUAGAUUUAAGAGCUGCUCAAGAAAAGAAACAGGCACCAAAAUGGUAUCCUUUGCUCAGCAACAAAUAUACUAAAUUUAAAUCUGAGAUGCAGAUAAGCAUAGCAUUGGAAACUGAUACAAAAGCACCAGUGGAUGGCUUUAAAGCAAAAGAAGCGCCUCCUAGAGAAAGGAAAGUGCCUGCUCUGCUUUCUGGGCUAGAUCCUAAAAAUAUUGUAGCAGUUCUGAAUGAGGAAGAAGGCUAUCAUCAAAUUGGCCCAGCAGAAUAUUGCAGAGAAUACUUUGUUUUGUCUGUGACUAUAGCAUUUGCUACACAGUUGGAACAGUUAAUUCCUAGUACAAUGAAACUUCCGGAACGACAGCCUGAGUUUUUCUUUUACUAUUCGUUACUGGGGAAUGAUGUAACAAAUGAACCCUUCACCGAUUUAAUCAAUCCAAACUUUGAGCCAGAGAGAGCAUCAGUUCGAAUACGCAGUACUGUUGAAGUCCUUCAGGUUUAUUUUUCUGCACAGCCAAAAAUACAGAUCCAUCUUUGCUGUGGGGACCAGUCUCUUGGAAGCACUGAAAUACCACUAACUGGAUUGCUGAAGAAAGGAAAUGUGGAGAUUGACCAGCACCCUGUGGCAGUUGAAGGGGCGUUCAACCUUGUCCCACCAAAUAGAGCCAAGCAAAAAUUGCCACCAUUGGCCAUAGAUAUGGCUCCUACUGUUGGGGUAUCAGUAACCUUACAGAAAGACGGCAUAAACACCCAGUCAUUGAUCCACUUAGAUCCUCAAACUGAGCAAGAACAACAGUCUCUGAAAAGAGUUUUUUCUCCUACACGGGAUAAAACAAAGAGUCCAGAGCAAAGAUCUCAGAGUGCCCCUUGUGCCCCACUUCAGAAUGACCAUUCUCUUCCCAUAAAAGAUGAUGCAACAGAAAGUGAAAUAGAAAGUCUUCAGUAUGAUAGGGGCACAAAAUUAAACAAAAAAGCUUUGAAUGUUGAAGCAUCUGUUUCCCAGUCCCAACCUGGAGCUACACACUCUGCUUCUGAGUCUACAUCGGGGCAAAAAAUUGCAGUGCCAGCAACAUCACAUCAUUUUUGCUUUUCAAUAGAUUUAAGAAGUAUUCACAAUCUGGAGGUUGCAUUUCCUGUCAACUGCAUUUUAAGGUACUCGUAUCCAUUUUUUGGGAGUGCAGCACCCAUUAUGACAAAUCCUCCUGUAGAAGUGAGAAAAAACAUGGAAGUUUUUCUACCCCAGUCCUAUUGUGCAUUUGAUUUUGCAACUAUGCCUCAUCAACUUCAAGACACCUUGUUCAGAUUACCACUACUGGUUGAAUUGUGGCACAAAGAUAAAAUGACUAAAGAUAUACUUCUGGGAAUUGCAAGGCUGCAGCUUUCAAAUGUUUUGGGCUUGGAAAAAACCCGAUUCUUGGGAACUAAUGGAGAACAAUGUUGGCGUCAGACCUGUAGUGAAACAGUUGGUGUUAUGGCAGCACAAGGGGCAAACAGUCGGAUAGCAGAACUUUCUUACAGUGUGACUCUAGAAGAUUAUGGGCUUGUGAAAAUGCAUGAAGUUUUGGUGUCAGAUUCUUCUCAGUGUUUAGGUGCUGGGCAGCAGCAGGCACCUCCACCACAGCCUCAUCAUGUCCCAGAAACUGAACCAGAGCCACGAGAAACUCUUGAAUACAAAGCAGCACUUGAGUUAGAAAUGUGGAAGGAAAUGCAAGAGGACAUAUUUGAAAACCAGCUAAAAAAGAAGGAAUUGGCUCACAUGCAGGCACUUGCAGAGGAGUGGAAAAAAAGGGAUAAAGAAAGAGAAGCAUUAGUAAAGAAAAAGGUGGCGGAAUAUACAAAUUUGGAAGAACAACUUCAGAAAACCUUGGCCGAUUUAGAGAAGCGUGAACGACAGCUUGUCAGUGCAGAAUCGGAGCUCCAAAGAGUAAAACGAGAGUUGCAAGCACAGCAUGAACGAAACUUUCAAGAACUGCAGGAUUCUGUGCGGCGAAUUAAAGAAGAAUGUGCACAUCAAGUUGAGUUGGAGAGGUCAAAAAUUAAACAGCUGGAAGAGGACAAAGUCCGUCUGCAACAGCAUUUUUAUGAAGCAGAAAACAAGUAUAAAGUUUUGGAAAAGGAGUUCCAGCAGUACAAGGAACAGCAAUGCAGCAAACCAGAAAUUCGGUUACAGUCAGAAAUAAAUCUUCUCACUUUAGAAAAGGUUGAACUUGAAAGAAAGUUGGAAUCUGCCACCAAGUCAAAGCUGCACUACAAGCAACAGUGGGCAAGGGCUUUGAAAGAACUUGCAAGACUAAAACAGCGUGAACAAGAGAAUGCAAUGGCCCGCCUUAAAAAGCAGCAACAAGAGCUGGAGCACAUGAGACUACGCUAUUUGGCAGCAGAGGAGAAAGAAGUGGGGAAAACUGAGCGAAAAGAGCUGGAGGAUAUUAGAAAUGAACUGAACAGGCUAAAGCAACAUGAAGACAAAAAACAAUCACAAGAUUCCAGAGAUAUUUCAGUUGAGCAAAUGGGUAGUCUUCAUAGUAGGCAAUUAAAUGAAAGCUUGGAUGAUUAUCUCACUCGCUUGAUAGAAGAGAGAGAUACCUUGUUGAGAACAGGUGUGUAUAAUCAUGAAGACCAUAUAGUAAAUGAAUUGGAUCGCCAAAUCAGAGAGGCUCUUUCAAAAAGAAGCAGCAGUAAAUAGUACAGUAUGAUUGGAAAAAAUAUUUAAGUUGUCAAAUAUCCUUAGUUUUAGAAUAACAGAAUGAUUAUGUUUACAAACUAAGGCCUUGAUCCAAGCACAUGAUGUUAAAUACGUGUGUAAGCUUCUGCAGGAUCAGAGCAUACGUUUUUAUUUUUUAUUAACGAAUUUUUGUUAAAAUAUAUUUAUAUGUAAAUAUACUUAAAUAUUUUUUGAAUGUUCUGUUUAACUAUUUUCUAUCUCUCCCCAUGACCCUGGCUGGAUUUAUUUAUAAUAGCAUUUUUAAAAAAUAUAUCUGUUCUAAGCUUCCCUUCGGUAUUUUUCAUAACUUGUUUUGUGGAUUUCUUUUUAAAUGGGUUUUCAUUAAAAUUGUAUUAGUAAAAAGAGACUGCAGUCAUUCCCAGUGAUGAGUUUGGUAACUUCUUAGCCAAAACAGGUGUUGCAUUUCUUCAGUUGUCCUGUUACAUUGGCAAAUGUUUAAUUUAUUUUAGUUUUAAACUUUGUGACUGCAGUUAAAAUAGUUUAACCAUAAAUGUAUAGCUGACCAUUCUUUUAGCAGAAAACUUACUUUUUGGGCAUGAAACUGAGAUAUAAAGAAGCUAAAUAAUUGCCAUAAAAGAAGAGCACAAAGAAUAGAAGGAUGUUGUGGGUUUUUGUUGUUGUUGUUGUAGUUUUUGUUUUGUUUUGUUUUUGUUUUUUUGUUGGUUUUUUUUGUGACUGCCACUGUUGAAUAAGGGUCAGUCGGCAUUCAGGGGGGCUGACAGAAUUGCUGGGCCCCUGGGAAAGAUGGGGUGGGUCCGUGCUUCCAGAAGAAGCAGUCUAGCCUCCUUCUGCCAGCCCUUUAGUACUAUCCACAGCAUGCCAACAGGUGCUCCAGUGGCCAUUUUAAAGAGCCCAGGGCUCUGGCUGCCUUAGUAGCAAUGACAGCAUCCGGGAACACCAGGCCCUUUUGAAUUGACAGGCCUCAAGGCAACUGCUCCUUUUGCCCUUUCCUCUCCCUUCGCCCUCUCCUCCCUUCCAUCGGCAGGGCAGGCCUGCCUACAUUAUAAGACCUUUAAUCUGUUUUAGCAUAGUUAAAUUUGUAGUGAGAGCAGAGUUGAAAGCUUACACUUACUGUCUUCUCCCAUCAGUGAGUGUUUGGGGUUUUAUAUAUCUCCUGAUGUCACAAAUGUUAGUUACUGAUGCAAAUUCAUAGUUCUGGAAACAAACCUCAGCAAUUCAGCUUCACUUAAAAUAUGAAUGAAUACAGUUGAUGAGGAUACUUACGUUUUUAUUUAAAAUCAUCACUGGACUUUUAUGGCUCUAUAGCCAUAUAAGUGCCAUACUCUUGUUUUAGAACUUCAUUUUCAUGGUAUACUGACUUUGUAUUGGUUUUGAUGCAUUGUUGAUAAAGAUGGCAGUAUUUCUUUAUUCUACCACAGGUCAAUAAUUUAUUUAAUGAAAGGUUUGUUUAGGUCACUUUUUCAGAAGAAAACAAACUUUAGGUCACUUACUUUGCAGGAAAAGGACCAUAAAACUUUCCAUUAGAAAUGGUCAUUUUUCAAUAUUCAG